AUGGGAUCCCAACUAAGUGUGCCAAACGCCCCAGGCGGCGGGGCGAACGCCGCAAACGAUAACGGGGCAGGAAACGAAAAUGCGAGGACCCCAUUUUUCCAGAAACUUAUAUCCAUCAUUGCGCAAAUGCUAAUCAUGCACAUGGUGAUGUAUUUCAUAACAGGAGGGAAAAACAAAACGGGGUCAAAAUAUGGAAGUAAAAUAGAAGGCAACAAUUUGACCCUAAGCAAUAGUCUAGAACAUGGGGACAUAUUUGACCUCUACCUAUUCCUUAGUGACAACCAUUCAGUCGACUAUGAAUACAUAAAAAAGAAAAGUAAAAUGAUACAAGUGAGGGAGAAGGAAUUAUACACAUAUAAAAAGUUCAGCAAAUAUGACCCGACUAACUUUAGCUUUUAUUUAAAUGAUUCGUGGAAGGGAGAAAAGUACCUCAGCGUCAUUAUGAUCCCAUUGCACUUUUAUAAAAACCGUAAUGCGUCCAACCUGCUAGGUAGCACAAUAAAAGACGAAUUCAAGAAACAGCUUCUCAUUGAAAACAUCCCCCUGACGGUGAAAAUGAAGCCUUUCGAAUCGGAGGAAGAUGAAAAAUAUAACUUAAUGGACGGAAGCUACACGAAUAAGAAGAAAAGAAUAAAAGAGGAAGAAGAGAAGAAAGGGGAAAAAGGAAAAAAAGAAGAAUUCUAUCACAUAAAAAAGAGAAUAGAUAUUAACAUUAUUUAUGAUCAAGCGAAGCACCGAAUUAACGAAUUUAAUAUGCCUCAUUUGAAAAGGUGGAAAAUUAAUAUACACAAUGGUACGUAUACUCCCCCAAUAUUUUUGUCCGAUUUUUGGCUCAUAGAAAAUGAUUACUAUGUUUUAGACAGAACCUUUUUAAAGGAUAAGGAUAAGAGGACGAGUUACAUCUCAGUGUACGAUCCGUAUAGGAUAACAAAAAGUGAAAAAGACAUUCAUUCCUACGUGGUGGAAAAAAAUGCAGACGAAAAUAAGUUAGUAAAAAUUGAAAUAAAUUAUGGCACCUGCAGUUUUAUGUAUUAUAUGUUCAUAAAACAGUUGGAUACAUCGAUACAAAUGAUGGAUAAAAAUGACCAGACGUUUUCUUUCCAAAAUUUGACAAACGCAACAGCUACAAAGGAAAUUAACAUGAUGAAAAAAAUUAUUAUGACUACAAAUAUUUACAUGUUAAUUUUUUCUGCUCUUUUUAUUUUACUCCAUUCUAUAUUUUCCUUUUUCGCCUUCAAAAAUGAUAUGCAAUUUUGGUACCAAAAUGAGUCCAUGGAGGGACUGUCAGCUCUUAGCGUUAUAACGACCUUUGUGUGUGACAUAAUAUUAGCCUUAUAUUUAUACGAUUCUGAGAACACGUCCUGGUUACUUCUAUUCGAGAUGUUCGUUGGAGUGGCACUCUCUGCGUGGAAAGUUACCAAAGCAGUGCAUGUAUCUUUUAGUAAAUCCUAUCCCUAUAUCAUAUUAAAGGACAAAAAAAAUUACACAGAAUCGAUGACCAAGAAGUACGACAAAAUUGCAGUUAAAUAUGUUGGAAUUGUUCUCAUCCCCUGUUUCAUUGGAUAUGCUAUUUAUUCUCUAUUCUACUAUAAAUACAAGUCUUGGUACUCCUACAUAAUCUCUGUGCUUGCUGGAACAGUUUAUACCUUUGGGUUUAUUAUGAUGACCCCACAAUUAUACAUAAAUUAUAAGCUAAAAUCUGUGGAGCACCUACCAUGGAAGGCUCUCAUUUACAAGUCGCUAAACACCUUCAUCGAUGACAUUGCCUUUUUCCUAAUUGACAUGCCGUGGAUGCACAAGCUUUCUUGCUUUCGAGACGAUGUUAUAUUUUUGUGCUACAUAUAUCAGAGGUGCAUCUAUAAAGUGGACAAGAACCGGCACGAGCACCUGGCCCAGGGGCAGCACCAGGUGGUGGCUCAGUCCGCUCCGGCAGACAAGAAAAACGACUAG